ACUUGGCGAGAGAAGGCUGUGGUGUGAUGCUGCGCUCUCGGGUUUCACACAGGGUGGAUGGAGCAGGUGCUCUCUGCUUACCGCUGCUAGGCGACCAGCGCGCUCAGUGACCCGAUUCAGGUUUGCGCAAUAACGAGCCUAUCUUUAUCAUCAGCUCGCUGCUAAACCCGGCGAACAGUUCCAGACGCAUAGUACAUAGAUAGUCUGUACCUGCCAGACGAGACAGAAGAUGUCUGUUUCGGGGACUCGAGUGAUGCUGGUGUUCGGAGUGGCGGUGCUGCUUGCGGUGACUGCACUGAACGAGAAAUCAAUCAAUUCUUCAGACCACAUCAUCCUAACAGAACCCCAUGGGCCACCGAUCACACUCCAGUGUAACCUGACUUCCUCCCCAAACAUUCAACCUAAUAGCUAUUGGAUGAAGAAUGGAGAAGAGAUCCAAGGGACCCGGAAAGUGCUGAGGGACACUGAGCACAUUAUCCUUAAACCAAGGGUAGAUGAUGCUGGAGAGUAUACGUGUGUGUACACAUUUGAUGACAGUUCAACUGCGAAUGCCACAAUUGAAGUGAAAGCUGCUCCAGACAUCACCGGACACAAGCGCAGUGAGAAUAAGAAUGAGGGAGAAAAUGCUGUCCUAUAUUGCAAGUCUGUCGGCUACCCUAAUCCUGUCUGGAAUUGGCGCAGGCUAGAGAAUGGUGUCUUUACUGAGAUUGUCAACAACUCCCGCUUUGUCAUUAGCAGCAAGGACAACUACACAGAGCUGUCAAUCAUUAAAUUGGACAUCAAUUCCGAUCCUGGAGAAUACGAGUGCAAUGCCACUAAUAGUGUUGGCUCUGCUGUCAUGGUCUCAGUGCUUCGUGUGCGGAGUCACCUGGCUCCCCUCUGGCCCUUCCUGGGUGUCGUUGCUGAAGUCCUCAUUUUAGUCCUCAUCAUUGUUAUCUAUGAGAAAAAAAAGAAGCCUGACGACGUUCUAGAUGAUGAUGAAUCAGCUGGGCCAAUGAAAACAAAUUCAACUAACAAUCACAAAGACAAAAACCUACGUCAAAGGAAUACAAAUUAAACCACUAGUACAAUGAAGACAUUCAUAUCAUGACCAUUUGAACGUAACAUAAAGAAGCUUGUUGUUUAAGAUAUUGGACAUUGCAAAUAUUGAUGUUAAGAAAGUAUUUGUGAAAUUAAAUAUAAAAUGACAACUCAA